AUGGAUAGAAAAAAUGAAAAUACACAGAUUUAUAAUAUAUAUAAAUGGGUUUUGAACAAGUUGAAAUUUUCUUAUAAAGACGAAUACAGUAUUGAUUACUUAAUAGAUAACAACAUUGAAGAAAAAAAAAAUAUUAUAGAAACUUUUAUAUGUAAUGAAAAGGAUGAAUUACUAUUAUUUGGUGUAGAAAAUAAUAAGAUGGUGAUAGCAAAAGAAGAAAAUAUAAAAUUUGAUCAGAAAAUAGUGUAUUUUUAUAAAUAUUUAAAUGAUAGUAUUAAAAAUGAUAAAAAAAUACUAUAUGGUAUUUUAUCUUCAAAUAUAUUAGAUACAUUAAAGUUAAUGCUUAAAAAUAUAAUGUAUCCAUUAUUUAUUAAUAACAAAAUAAUAUAUGAAAGUAUUUCGACUGAUGAAGUAAGUAAAUUUAGAAUGGAAUUUGAUACAUACAUAAAGGAACUGAAUGAAUUUAUUUUUAUAUUGGAAGAUAUUAAAAAGGUUAAGUUAAAAAUGAAAAAAGAGCAUUGUGAAAUAACUGGUGAAAAUAAUAAUGAUAUAAAUAAUGAAAGCGAUAAAGAUAUUUCCAGUAAACAAUACAAUAAAAAAGAGAAUGAAAUAGAAAAUAAGAUGCAAAAAAAGAAAAAUGAAACAGCUCAUCUAACAAAAUAUUUAAAUGUACUAGAAAAUUUAUUUAAUGAUAUGCAACAAAAAAUACAGCAAUAUAAAGAAUCAAAUGCCGAUGUUGGUCCUUUCAUAGAAAUACAGUAUUGGAGAUACAAACACAGAUAUUUAUUAUUUAUUAUUGAAGAAUUAAGAAGUAAUGAAAUUAAAAAUAUAAUAAAUAAUAUAAAUAUAAAUAGCUCAAAUAAUGAAGAGCAAAAAUAUACAUAUACGUUUGAUAUAUUAAACAAGUGGAGAGAGCUAGAAACAAAAAUUGAGAAUGAAUUUAAUGAAAGUAAAGAUAAUAUAAAAUAUUUAGAGAGUAUUGAACAAUUCAUUUUAUCAUUAUACUUAUGUAAUGUUGAGAAUAUUAUAGAUAAUAUACCUUCUCUUUUAAAUUCUAUCAAAAUGAUUUACUUAGUUGCACGUUUUUAUAAUACACCUAAUAAGCUUAAUAAUUUGUUCAUUAAAAUUACAAAUCAAUUAAUUAUUAAAUGUAAAGAAGAAAUUUUCUGUGCUAAAAAAAAAAAGAAAAAAAAAAAAAAAAUGCAAAAAAAUAAGGCAAAAUACAAGGAAAAAGAAAUUGAAUAUGAGGAUAUAAAAUCAGAGAAAAAUAAAAAGAACUUCGAUAAUUGUAAUGAGCAAACUUACAUUAAUAAUACAAAAAACAAUGAAGCAAAUUUUAAUAAAAAUUUAGAUAUUAAUAAUGAAGAAGACUAUGAUGAAAUAUACAAAAAAGAGAAAAAUAAUAGUAGAUAUUUGAGAAAUGGAAAUGAUGAUAGUGAUGAUUGUUUUUAUCAAGUAGAGGAUGAUAGUGAUGAGUCUGACGAGCAAGAAAAUGAGGAUAAUAAUAAUUUCAAUAAGUUAAGUGAAAGAAAAGAAAGUAAUUACAACAUUAAAAAUGAAAACACGGGUAUUAGAAUGGAUCAAUUAAAAAAUAAACAAAAUUUGUGGCUAUUAGAUCCUGAUAAUUUAAUAGAGAAAUUUGAAUUAUGCUUUAAAUUACACGACAAAUAUAAAGAAGAAUUUGAAAAUUUAAAAGCCUUUUUUGAAAAUAAUUCUAAAAACAAAUCUGUAGAUCUAAACACUAAAGUUAUAUUUUGUAAGAUAGAAAUAUUCUGUAGACGUCUAAAAAAAUUAGUAGAUUUAUUUCUAUGCAUAAAACAAUUUAAAAAUUUAAGAAAAAUAAAGUUUGAAUGCGUACAAAAUAUAACAACUACAUUUAAUAAAUAUAUAAAAGAAUUUAAAUUAAAACACACAGACGAUAUGCUAAAUUACACUGAUAAUUAUUUUGAUAGAGAUUUUGUUGAAUUAAGAGUUUACAUAUCAGAGUUAGAAAGUGAUUUACAAGAAAACAUAGUUAAUUUACUAAAUAAUAGCUCAAAUAUAAUGCUCUCUUUUUUUAUAUUUUUUAAAUUUAAAAAAUGCUUUAUAAGAGACUACCUUAUUCAUUUUUUACAUACCAAAUAUGAUAUUUUACUACUUCAAUUUUUAGAAAUUUUGAAUUGUAUUAAUAAUGACUUAGAAAACUAUAAAAACAAUUUAAAUUCAAGCAAAAAUGUAAAUUAUUUAAAAAAUAUAUUUUGGAUACUUAGUAUUAAUUAUAAAAUUAAUCACAUAAUUAAAAUAUUUUUAGAUGAAAAUAGCAAUGAAGAAGAUAGUAACGAUUCGUCUUAUUUUGAAUUACCACACUUGAACAAUUUACACACGAAAUUAAACAUAAAUAAUGAAAAAGAAAAAUCAAGUAAAAUUCAUACAAAUGAAGAUGAUAUAAACAUUAAUACUAGAAUAGAUAAUGCUAAUAAUAUAAAUGAUGAAGUUUUAAAACUACUAGAAGAUCAUGAAAAAAAGAAAGUAUCAGAUGAUAUCAAAAUAUUGGUAUCAUCAGAAGAAAAUAACAAAGACAAUAUAAAAGAGCUAGAAAAAAAAAAAAAAAAAAAUAAUAUUCUAUUAAAAAGUUAUAAUGGAAAAGAAGUACUAAAAUUAUACGUAAAAAUUUCCAAGUUUAUUGAAGAAUUUAAAAACAAAUUAUUUAAACAUUGGUUAUCUUACACAAAAAAUGUAAAUAGUUUAAAUGUUACUGUUUUUGUUAAGCACCCUAAAACAAAAAAUAUUAUUGUUAAUUUUGAUCAUAGAAUCAAAAGAAUAAUAAGAGAAGCAAAAAUAUUUUUGUCUUUCAACUUUGAAAUACCAGAUGAAAUAAGAAAUAUGAUUUCUCAAGAAACUAAAAUAUACAGUUUUUACUAUAAGUUAUACAAUAUAUUAAUAUUAGUAAAAAAUAUGAAGAGUAAUAAAAAAAAAGACAUAGAGUUAACUUUAAAAAAAUUUUACACUUAUAUUGACAAAUUAAUACUACCUUUUUUAGUUAAAUACACAUGGAAUAAUUAUGCACUUGAAGAUUCUAUUGAUAAUUUAUAUAAAGAAUUAAAAUAUUUUGAGGAAAAUAUAAAAUCUUUAUAUGAUAUAAUAGAUGAUCACAUUAAUUACAAUAUAAAACUACUUUUUAAAAUUCUAGACUAUAAAAACGAAAAGUUUAUUAUAGAAAAACAAAAAAAAAAGUUUAACAAAAGAAUUGUUAUUUGUAAUUCUAUUUCUAAAAAAAUUCAAAUUGCAAUUUUUGAUGUCCUAAGUAACAUACAAUAUGUUUAUGAAAAUAAAUUAAAAACUAAUAUUAUGAAAGAAGAGAUAAUUAGUACAAGAAAUUUUUAUUAUGAAAUAUUUUUAUCAACAAUUAAAAAAAUAUAUCUUAAAAAUAUUAAAACUUUAAUUAAUAAAUGGUCCAAUUUUGAGAAGGGAAGGGAAAAUGAAAUAAAAAAUGAAAUAGAAAUUUUGGUAUUAGUUCAUGAAAAUGAUAUUGUUGUAAAUCCAUCUAUAAAAAGUAUUAAGGAAAAUAUUAAAAAAAUUAUAAAUGUUUCUAUAAAUAAUUUAAUCUAUAUAGAUAAUUGGAUAACUAGUGAUGAAUUAAUAAAACAAUUUCAUAGAGAAGAAAAUAAUAAAACUAAUGAUAAAAAAGAAAAUAAUAAUAUUUCUUUAAAGGAUAACUAUAAAGAGCAUACAAACAAAAAAGACAUAUUUGAAGAAUUAAUCGAUUGCUCUUUUUUCUCUAAAAAAAAUAUGAAAGAAUCAGGAAACAUAAUAGAAGAAUUAGACAUGGAAAAUGAAAACUGUGUUAGUAAUAUAAAAUUUCAUUUUGAUUUUUAUGAACAAAUAAGAGAAGAUAAAAAUAUUGAAAAAGAAUUAAUAAAGCUAAAUGAUAAAAUAUCUGGAUUUCAAAACAUUGUUGAUAAUUUUAUUAAAAAAUUUGAGAAAUAUAAAUAUAUAAUACAGAAAUUUGAACUAGAGAAAAAGAAAGAUAAAGCAAAUAACAAUGAAAGCGGUGAAAUAGAAAAAAACAGAACUGCAUUGAAAAAUGCAGUAUUAGAUGUUGAAAGUUAUAUGAAUGAUAAAAUUGAAGAUCAAGAAAAAGAAAAUAAUUUGUUUAAUUUUACUACAAAUGAAGAAGAAUUAGAGAAUAUAAACGUUAAUGACAAAAUAAAUGAUAAAGAAGAAAACAAUGAGAAUGAUGAAGAGGAUUCUAAUAAUAGUUCCGAUAUGGAAAAUGAAUAUGACUAUAAACAUUAUAAAGAAGAAGAAGAGAAAAUAAGGCAAUAUAUAAGUAUAAAAAAAGAAAUAAACAAUAUAGAGAGUUUCUAUGUAUUAAAUGUAUUUAAAUUUAAUUUAGAAAGCUUUAAAAUGUACUUAAUAAACAUAGUUGAAAAUGAAACAUUAGAAUGUGCAAAUAAAAUUAUAGCACCUGUAAAAAAAAGAAGUGAUCUAUUAAUAAACAAAAUGAACAGUUAUAAAGUUAAACUGAAAAAGAAAAUUAUAGAUAUAGAUUCACUUUAUUAUGUAAUUAAUAUAAUAAAAAAAGUACAUAUUUUUGAAUCAACUAUUGAUAUAGAGUUAACCCCUAUAAAUGAAAUGUUAGAUAUAUUGGAAUUUUAUAUGAACAACUUUUUAAAAAAACAAAUUGAUUCUUUAAGAAAUUCUCAGUAUGAUGAUGAAGAAAAUUAUCAAUUAAAAUUUAUAAAUAAGUUGGAAAAAAGGAAGUCAUCUAAUGAAUUAUACAAAUUAGAUGAGUCGUAUAAUAAAAAUUUACUUAAUACAUUCAAUAAAUUAAAUCUAAUGAAAAAAAAUUUUAUGGCAUUGUACAAAUUUGAAGUAGAAAAAAAAAAUUUAAUUCUAACGAAGUUUAAAGAGUUAACAUCCUUAACAAAAAAAGUAGAAGAUGAAAUACAAGAAAAAAAAAAUGAUAUGAAAAAUGAAUUAAUAAAUAAUAUAUACACUUUUAAAAUAGAUAUAAAGAUAUUCAGAGAAAAUUUUUUAAAAAUGAAUUUUAAAAGUGAACAUAUUAAUCCUUUAAAUGCCUUCGAAUUAUUAAAAAGAUAUAAAGAAGAAAUAAGCAUGCUGAAAAAAAAAUAUAACAGUUACUAUAAAGGAGAAACAAUUUUCGGUUUAAAGCAUCAGCCUCAUUUUGAUUUAUUUUUAAGUACAACUGAAAUCAAUAAUUUUUAUUCUCUUUAUGAUCUAUAUGUUCAAUUAAAGGAAAAAUUGAAUGAAUGGAAAAAUUUAAAAUGGAAUGAUGGAAUAAUAAAAAUGAAAGAAUUAAAAAGUGAAAUUAUAUCCUUUGAAAAAAAGUGUUCUCAACUACCUAAAAAUUUAAAAACGAUAGUAAUUUAUAAAAAUUUAAUAAAAGAAAUUUUUUAUUUUAAAGAAAUAACGCCAGUAGUUGAUGAAUUAGAAAAAAAGACAAUCUUAAAAAGACACUGGACAGAGAUAAUCAAUGUGUUAAAAGAAAAAAAAAAAAAGGAUAUCAACACGAAAGAAAAAAAAGGGAAAAAAAUUUAUAAUAGCAAUGAAAAAAUAAAUCAGAAAGAAAAGGAAGAAAAAAAAGCACAAGUCAAUAAUCUAAUUCAAAAAAUGGAACAUUCAAAAGAAACUAAAAAUUUAGAACAAACAAAACCGUUAGAAAAAGAUAAAAAGUCUGAGAAACAAAAUAAUUUACAAGAUAUUAAACUUAAACAUAAUGAAAAUAAUCAUCAAGAAAGUGAAAAUAAUCAAGAAAGUGAAAAUAAACAAACAAAUGAAAAUAAUCAAACAAAUGAAAAUAAUCAAACAAAUGAAAAUAAUCAAACAAAUGAAAAUAAUCAAACAAAUGAAAAUAAUCAAACAAAUGAAAAUAAACAAGAAGACUUGAAAUUAAAUGAAGGAAAUACAUUAUAUCAUAAUAAAUAUUUUGAUAAUAUUGGUGAAAUAGACAAAAAGGAAAAUUUUCAAGGUGGAUUAUUGGAUGAAAAUGCUUAUUUAGAUGAGGAUGAAUAUAUAAAUAAUUUAAAUAAACUAGAUUUAGACAAUAUGGAUUUUUUUAUUAAAGAUAUAAUAAAUUAUCAUUUAUUAAAAAAGAAAGAUGACAUAUUAGACAUUUGUGAUAGCGCAGAAAAAGAAGCAAGUAUUGAAGAAAAGAUAAAUGAACAAUAUAAGAUAUGGAAUGAAACAUGUUUUCAAUUUAGCAAAUGGAAAAAUAGAGAUUAUGCAUGCAUAUUAGUAGGAAGUAAAGUUAUUGAAAUACAAGAGAGUUUAGAAGAAAGUCAAAUUUUAUUAAAUAACAUAAAUUCAACAAAAUAUAGUAAGCCAUUUAAAAAUAAAUUAUUAUUGCUAUUAAAUAAAUUAUCUGAUUGUAGUGAUAUUGUUGAAAGAUGGAUAAAAGUACAAAUGCUAUGGUGUUCUAUGGAAAGUGUAUUUACGAGUGGGGAUAUAGCAAGACAGAUGCCAAUUGAAUCAAAGAGAUUUCAUCAGAUUGAUAAAGACUGGAUAAAUAUAAUUAAUAUAGCUAAUGAAUCUUCUAUUGUAAUUGAGUGCUGUCAAAGUAGUAUGCUAAAAGAGUUACUUCCAAACAUGCAAAAAGGAUUAGAAAGUUGCCAAAAAUCUUUAGAGUCUUAUUUAGAAGGGAAAAGAAGUAAGUUCCCUAGAUUUUAUUUUGUAUCUAAUUUAGUAUUAUUAAAAAUAUUAUCUCAAGGGUCAGAUAUCAAUAUAAUACAAUCAGAAUUAAUAAAAUUAUUUGAUGCAAUAAACUACUUGACAAUUAAAACUGUACAAAAUAAAAAAAGAAUAAUAUGCAUAAAUAAUAAAGAAAAAGAUGAUAUAGAAACAGUACAGUUAGUAAAUCAUGUAACUAUUGAUGGUAAUAUUGAAAACUGGUUAAUUUUAUUAGAAAAGGAAAUGCAGAAAGCAAUAAAAAAAGAAUGUAAGUUGGGUGUAGCUAGCUCCUCGCAAUUAUUCAAAACUCUUAAUUUAAAAGAAUUUUGCGACAAAAAUAUAGCUCAAGUUGCAUUAAUAUGCUUGCAGGUUUUGUGGACUAAUGAUAUAGAAAAAUGUAUAAAUAAAUAUCAUGCAGAAAAAAACAUACUAAAAGUAACCAACAAAAAAAUUAAUUAUAUAAUGUCUGAACUAGUAAAUAUAUGUUUAUCCGAUUUAGGCACCAAAUUAAAUAGAACCAAAUAUGAAACUUUAGUUACUAUACAUGUACAUCAAAGAGACUUAUUUAGUGAUAUUUCUACUAAAAUAAAAGAGCAUAAAAUUAAAACAUGUACAGAUUUUGAUUGGUUAAAGCAAACAAGGAUAUAUUAUAAAGUGGAAAAAAAUAUUAUUUUAAUUAGUAUAUCAGAUGUAGAUUUUAUAUAUUCUUAUGAAUAUCUAGGUAUAAAAGAAAGAUUGUGUAUUACUCCUUUGACAGAUAGGUGUUAUUUAACUUGUGCUCAAGCCUUAGGUUUAUGUUAUGGAGGAGCACCAGCAGGGCCAGCAGGAACUGGAAAAACAGAAACAGUAAAAGAUUUAGGAAGAACUCUAGGUAUAUAUGUAAUAGUUACAAACUGUUCAAAUCAACAUAAAUACAAAGAUAUGGCAAAAAUAUUCAAAGGAUUAUGCAGAAGUGGAUUAUGGGGGUGUUUCGAUGAAUUUAAUAGGAUUAAUUUAGAUGUUUUAUCUGUUGUUGCUAUGCAAAUUGAGUCUAUUGUAACUGCAAAAAAGCAGUCGUUAAAAUAUUUCUUAUUUCCUGGGGACUCAAAAGCAAUUAAUUUAAAUCCUUCAUCAGCUUAUUUUAUUACCAUGAAUCCAGGCUAUGCUGGUAGACAAUUAUUACCAGAAAAUUUAAAAAUAUUUUUUCGAUUUAUUUCCAUGAUGGUUCCCGAUAGACAAAUUAUAAUAAAAGUUAAAUUAGCAUCAGUUGGAUACUUAGAUAUUGAUAAUUUAAGUAACAAAUUUAAAUCUUUAUAUAAUUUAUGCGAAGAGCAGUUAUCAAAACAAAAACAUUAUGAUUUUGGUUUAAGAAAUAUUUUAUCUGUUUUACGUACUGCGGGAGACACAAAAAGAUCAGCAGGAGCAAAUGAAAAUGAUGAAGAAAUGUUGUUAAUGCGUACUUUAAGAGAUAUGAAUUUAUCAAAAUUAAUACAUGAUGAUGUACUUUUAUUCUUAUCUUUAUUAAAUGACGUUUUUCCGAAAUUUCAUAAUAUAACAAAAAAAAGUUAUCAAUUAAUUGAAGAGAAUGUAUUGCAAAUUAUUAAGAAAAAAAAAUUAUGCGCAAAAAAUAAAUGGAUAUUAAAAAUCUUACAGUUAUAUGAAACGUCUUUAGUUCGCCAUGGUUUCAUGUUAGUCGGUAAUACUUUGACAGGAAAAACAGAAAUAUUAAAUAUUUUAACUUCUGCAUUAACUAAUAUAGGUUCUGUUACAAAAAUUAUUACUCUAAAUCCCAAGGCAAUAACUUCUGAACACAUGUAUGGAGUUAAAGAUAACUUAAGUGAAGAAUGGACACCAGGUAUUUUUGCAAAUAUAUGGGAAAAAUAUAAUAAUAAUAAUUUAAAAUAUAACACUUGGAUAGUAUGUGAUGGACCUGUUGAUGCAAUAUGGAUAGAAAAUUUGAAUACUGUCUUAGAUGAUAAUAAAAUAUUAACAUUAGCUAAUAAUGAUAGAAUUCCUAUGACUGAUAAUACAAAAAUAGCUUUCGAAGUGGAGAAUUUAAAUAAUGCUUCUCCUGCUACUGUUAGUAGGACGGGAAUUGUAUAUAUUUCUGAUAGCGAUUUAGGAUAUAAGCCUUUUAUUUAUAGUUGGCUACAAAAAUUAAAAGACAUUAAUACCUAUGGAGUUUCAUUAUUCCCAAUAUUUAACAAAUUAUUUAUGUUUUAUUUGGACAAAAUUCAAAUUUUACAUUUUUUAAAGAAUAAUUGCAAAUUUGUAAUGGAGAUAACAGAUUCCAUUUUAAUUUUGCAAAUAAUAAAUUUAUUAAAUUCUCUACUAAUGCAAUAUAUUAAUGCAAUUAAUAACUUUAUAUACAAUGAAGAAGAUUUACAUAAAAUAUUUUUUUUUGAUUCUAAUGAAAAAAAGUUAUUGCCUCAAAGUGAGAAAUUUUUGAAGCAUCACAAUGAAAAUAACUAUACUGAGAAUAUUGAAAAUGCUAUAUCUUCAAAAAGUAAAAAAAAUGAGGAAGCAGAUACAGUAAAAACAAAAGAGCAAAUAUCAAAUUGGGAAAAAAAUAAAAGCAUGAAUCGAAUAAAUGACACAAAAAAUAUUACAAUACAUGACUCUACUAAGAAACAGCUAUUAAGUACAGGAAAUGUUAGACAUGAUUUGCAAAACAAAGAAAGAAGUGAAAAGGAAAAAGGAGAAAAAAAAAGAAAUGAAGAAAUUGAAAAACAUGAAGAAAAUGAACAUAAUGAAGAGGAGGAAGAUGAAAAAACGGGUACUAUAAAUAAUUUUUCUAUCAUAUAUGGAACAAGAAAUGAACAAAUAAAAGUAGAAGAAUGUGAAGAAAUAAUGUUAUAUUCCAUAGUUUGGGGAUUAUGUGGUUUACUGGAGUACAAGGAUAGAUUAAAAGUUCAUAAUUUUUUAUUAAAAAAUGUACCCAUAUUAAAAAAUAUAUUGGAUAAUAAAAAUAAUUCAAAUGAAAAGGAAAAUACAAAUAUGUCAGAAAAUGAGAAUGAUGUAAAAUUGAAAGAAAUUGAAAAGAAAGAUACAAUUAGUGAUGAAUUAGACGAUGAAUUUGAAAAUGAUAAUACCUGCUUAAUAUAUGACUUCUAUUUUGAUAUGAAAUUAAAAAAAUUAACCAAAUGGAAUGUACCAUCAUUUAAGAUACCAAGAAAUAUGAAUUCUAUAUCUUCUAUAUUGAUACCAACAAUAGAAACUAAUAAAAUUGAGCAUAUUAUAAAAUUGAUAUCUAAUAUUCCUAUUAAAUGCUAUAACUUCCAUACUUAUAAAAGUACUUUGCUUUUAGGUUCUACUGGUUCAGCGAAAACAUCUAUAGCUUUAUUGUAUACAUCAAAACAAGAAAAAAAUACAAAAAGGUUUAAUUUUUCAAGUGUCACAACUCCAGAAAAAUUUCAGUCAUUCAUUGAAUCGGAAUUAGAAAGGAAAACAGGAAAAACAUAUGGUCCUAUUGGAAAUACAAAAUCCAUUAUUUUUAUUGAUGAUAUGUCUAUGCCAAAAAUUAAUGAAUGGGGUGAUCAAAGUACACUAGAAUUAUUACGACAAUUAAUUGAAUUUCAGGGGUUUUACUUUUUAGAUAAGGAUAAAAGAGGAAAUUUUAAAAAAAUUAUUGAUUUAGAAUACAUAGGUUGCAUUAAUCAUCCGGGAUGUGGCAAUAACGAUAUACCAAAAAGAUUAAAAUCUAAAUGGUUCAAUGUGAAUAUUCUUCCUUAUAAUUUAAAUUCCAUUAAUACUAUAUAUGGAACAGUAUUAAGAACCAAAUUUAACGCAAAAAAAAACUUUUCUAAUGAAAUUAUUGAUAAUAUUGAUAAAAUCAUUCUAUGCACUAUUAAUUUAUUUGGAAAAUUAAAAAAGCAUCUAUUACCUGUUCCUUCGCGUUUUCAUUAUUUAUAUACAACAAGAGAUUUGGCAAAAAUAUUUUAUUCUAUGUUAUUAUGCCCUUUUGAAACUAUUCAAAAUAAUUUGUAUAAUUUCUUAUGUUUAUGGAAACAUGAAUGUGAAAGGGUUUUAAUUGAUAAGUUAUCACGAAUGGAAGAUAAAAAAUUUUCAUUGGAUCAAUUAAAACUAAUUUUUGAGCAAUAUUAUCCUUCUUAUAAAGAAAUAGCUGAAAAAAAUAUAUAUUUUAGUUAUUUUUAUGUAUCAGAAAAGGAACAACAAAAUUACAUGAUUGAAAAUGAUUUAAUAGAAAAUAUAGGUACAGCACAAAAAAAUAGUAAUAAUAAUAAUGGAGAUUCUAAUAAAUAUAUGUCCAAUGGAGUAGAUAAUAAAAAUCAAUUUGAUAAAAAUAAUUCUCAAAAUGAAAAUAUUGCAAGCAAUGAAAAAGUUUUAUUUGAUGAGAAUAACUUACAAAAUAAAAAUAAUGAUAUAGAUAAUAAAGAAUCGAUCACAAAUGAUGAAAGUAACGAUGAUAAUACUAAUAAUUUUUCUUUUUCGUGGAUGAAGAAAGAUUAUAAAAUUGUUGAAGAUUUUGAAAGAUUAAGAUUCAUUGCUUAUGAAUAUAUGAAGGAAUAUAAUGUAAAUAAUGUAAAAAAAUUAGAUCUAGUUUUUUUUGAUGACUCUUUAAAACAUCUAAUAAUUAUUAACAGAAUUAUGCAAACUCCAAAUGGGUCAAGUAUGCUUGUAGGAGUAGGAGGUUCAGGAAAAAGAUCAUUAACAAAACUUAGCGUUUUUAUAAGUGAGCAAGUAUUAUUUCAAUUAAACAUAACUAAAACUUAUACAAAAAAUUUAUUUUUUGAAGAUCUAAAAAGUUUAUAUAUAUCAGCUGGACAAAUGAAUAAAAAAACUACGUUUUUGUUAAGUGAUAGUGAUAUAGAAAAAAAUGAUUUUAUAUUGGAGCAUGUAAACUCUAUCCUAUCUACUGGUUUGGUAUACGGGCUAUUUAUUAAAGAUGAAAAAGAGGCUAUAUGUGCUGAAAUGAAAGAAUCUUAUUUAAAAGAGAUGAAUAAAUCUAAUCAAUCGUCGAAAAUAAAAGGCGGGAAAAAAAAAAGAAAAAAUGAUUAUAAUUUAGAUGAUAUAGAAAUGGAAAAUGAUUCGAAAGAUUCACAAGUGAAAAGUGAUGAAUCAUCAUUAAGUAGCAUUGAAGAUGAUAGUGACAGCAUGGCCAACGAAAAGCACAGAAAAAAAAAAGAUGAAAAGGUUGUAAAUGACUUUAAUGUUUCAUCUAAUGUAAUUUUUGAUUAUUUAUUAGAUAAUUUUCGCAAUAAUCUUCACAUAUUUUUAUGUUUUUCUCCAAUUCAUAAAGAAUUUGCACUAAGAUAUCAGCAGUUUCCAUGUAUAUAUAAUUGUGUGACUAUAAACUGGUUUUUAAAAUGGCCUUUAGAAGCUCUUGUUAAUGUGUCCACCGCUUACUUAAAUAAUUUUAAUAUUGAUAUAGAAGAAAAAUUGAAAAAUGAUUUCUUUAAUUUAUUUGCUAUUGUGCACAAUAAAGUUUCUGAAACAUGUGAAAAUUACAAAGAACGAAUGAGAAGAAAUACUUAUGUUACUCCUAAAUCAUAUUUAUCUUUUAUUGAUUUGUUCAAGCAAAUGUAUGUAAAAAAAUAUGAAGAAAUAAAAUUUUUAAAAGAAAGUGUAGAUAUAGGUUUGAAAAAAUUGAACGAAGCAGCUAUGGAUGUUCAAAAAAUGAGAGAAAGUCUAACAUCAGAAGAAGAAAAAUUAAAAGAAUCUGAUGAACAAACUAAUAUAUUACUGGAAAAAGUAAAAAAUGAAUCUCUAAAAGCAGAAAAGCAAAGUAUUGAGGUUUCUAAAUUUAGAGACAAGUGUAUAAAGGAGAAGGAUGCUAUCCUAAAGGAACAAGAAGAAGCAGAUAAAGAUUUAAAGGCAGCAUUACCAUAUUUACAUGAAGCAGAAGAAGCAAUUAAAAGUAUAACAGCAAAGGAUAUAACAGAAUUAAAAAGUAUGAAGACUCCAUCCGACAUUAUAAGAAUUGUUUUUGACGGUGUAUUAAUAUUAUUACAAGGAAAGUUAAAAGAACCAAAAAUUGAAGUUAAAUAUGUAAAUAAACAACAUGUGGAAUUUAUACACGACUCUUUUGAUGAAUAUGCUAAACCAUUAAUGGCAGAUAUUAGAUUUUUAAAUUUGUUGUUUGAUUUUUCUAAGAAUGAAAAGGAUAAUAUUAAUGAAGAAACUAUUGAACUGUUGAAACCUUAUAUUGAUUCUAAUUUUUUUAAGACACAAAUAGCAAAAAAAGCUUCAGUUGCAGCAGAGGGACUAUGCAAGUGGGUAGGUGCUAUGGCUAUGUAUCACCAAGCAUCAAAAAUUGUGAAACCAAAAAUGAGUUAUUUAAAAAUUCAAACAGGAAGGUUAGAGGAUGCAUUAAAACAAUUAGCAGAAGCAGAAGACUCUCUAUUAAAAGCGCAACUGUUUGUCGAUAAUCUAAAUUUAGAUAUAGAAAAUAUGUUUAAAAAAAAAAAAACUUUAGAAGAAACAGCCUUAAAAACAAAGCAAAGGAUUGAGCAAGCCAACAAAUUAAUUAAUGGACUAGCUAGUGAAAAGGAAAGAUGGACGGAAGAUUCCAAUAAUUUUUCUAAUAUUAAAAAAAAGAUCGUUGGAGAUGUUUUUAUUUGUUCUUCUUUUAUUUCAUACUGUGGUAUGUUCAACACAGAAUUUAGAAAUUUUCUAAUGAAUGAUGUUUUUUAUAACUAUACAAAAAAUAUAAAAAAUAUACCUGUCUCAUCUAAUAUUGACGUAAUAAAAUAUGUAUUAUCCUCUGACGAUACAAAAAUAUGUGACUGGAGUGUUCAAAAAUUACCUGAUGAUAAAUUAAGCAUAGAAAAUGCAUUAAUAUGUGAGAACACCAACAAAUACGUUUUACUUAUAGAUCCUCAAUGCCAAGCAAGUAAUUGGAUAAAAAAUAAAGAGUUUCAAAAUGAUUUGUCAAAUCAGAGAUGCAUCACUACUUUCAGUAGUAGUAAAUUUAAGGAUAAUUUAGAAUUUUGUUUAAGUGAAGGAAAAGCAUUAUUAAUUGAAAAUGUAGAAGAGUAUAUUGAUCCUAUAUUAGAUUCUGUUUUAGAAAAACAAAUUAUAAAGAAAGGAAAAAAAAAUUACAUAUUAAUAGAAAAUAAUUUAAUUAAUUUUGACGAAAACUUUAAUUUAUUUAUGACUACCAAUUUGCCUAAUCCCAAUUAUAGCCCUGAAAUUUAUGCUAAAUGUUGCGUUAUUGAUUUUACUGUAACUGUUAAAGGAUUAGAAGAUCAAUUAUUGGGUAGAGUAUUAACAGAAGAACAAAAACAUUUGGAAAUAUCAUUAAAGAAUAUCAUGAUAGAACUCAAAGAUAAUACCAAAUCGUUGCAAGAUUUAGAUAAACAAUUAUUAUAUAAAUUAAAUACUAGUAGUUCUAAUCUAAUAGAAGAUGAAGAGUUAAUAGAAGUUUUAAAUAACACAAAGUUACUAUCAAAAGAAUUAGAAACCAAAUUAAAGGAUAGUAAUGAAAAAAAGAAAGAAAUUAAUGAAAAGAGAGAACAAUAUAGAAGUGUUGCGUUAAGAGGAAGUAUAUUAUAUUUUUGUAUUGUAGAUAUAACCAAUGUAAAUUAUAUAUAUAACACAUCACUACAUCAAUUUCUUGAACAGUUUGAUUUAGCAAUAAAGAGAGCGGAAAAAGGACAACAUAUAAAAAAAAGGGUUGAGUCAAUUUUAUCUACUUUAACUAACUUAAUAAUUAGCUACAUGGAAAGAUGUUUAUUUGAUCAACAUAAAAUAAUCUUUAAAUUAUUAAUAUCUUUAAAAAUAUUAUUAUAUGAUAAUGUAAUAAGUAAUAAGGAUAUUAGUUUUUUUUUAAAUCCUCUUUCUCAUUAUAAUCCAUCAAACGAUAUAAAUAGAGAAUUAUUAAACAGCAAUUUAUUAAAUGAUCACACAGAUUGUUUAAAAACAAAAAAGAAAAAAGAAAAUAUAAUGAAUGAUACUAUAAGUUCUUACUUGAAUGAAACUGAAAAAAUGAACUCUAAUGAAAGUGAAAGAAAUGCAAAUCAAACAAAUGCUGCAUCUACAACUAAUAGUACUAAUAGGAAUUAUAAUAUUACCAAUAUAAACAUGGAUAAUAAUGUUAAUAAUAAGAAUAAAAUAGAUUUACAUAAAAAAGGUGGUAAAGGAAAAGUAAUUUCCGCAAAAUGGUUAUUUAAAAAUGAAAAAUUAUAUAAAAAUAUUGUUUCUUUAUCUAAUCACUCUUUUGGAAAUGAUAAAAAUAAUCGUUUUUUUUAUGAUAUAUUAAAUGUUAUACAAUUAAAUGAGAAUACAUGGAAAAAUUAUUAUGAUGUAUUAGAUAUAGAAAAUAGAAGCAUCCCUUACUAUAAUGAGCGCUUAGAUGUAAAUAGUAAAAUAUGCUCUUUUAUUAAGCUAUGUUUAAUUAGGUGUUUAAGAGAAGAUAGAACCAUAUUAUGCGCAAAUAAAUUUGUAGAUGAAGUUUUAAAUAGAAAUAGUGAUACUAUAAAGCAUGAAACUUUAGAAAAUAUAUUUUCUGAAUCAAGUAAUAGAAAACCUUUUCUAUUUUUGUUAUCUUUGGCUAGUGAUCCUACGAAUAUGAUAGAUGAUUUUGCAAAAAAAUUUAAAAAAUAUCCUACAGAUAAGAUUUCUAUGGGAGAGGGACAAGAAAUUUUGGCAAAAGAAAAAUUAAAAAAUGCACUUAUAAGUGGUAAUUGGUUAAUAUUACAAAAUUGCCAUUUAAAUAAAAAUUUUAUAAUUGAAGUUUAUAACAUGUUAAAAAAAUUAAAUGAUAUUGAAGAAGAUUUCCGUUUAUUUUUAACAUCAGAACCAGAUGACGAGUUUCCUAUUUGUAUUUUACACGGAAGCAUUAAGAUAUCUACGUCUUUAAGCAGUGGAAUUAAAAAUAAUAUGAGAAAAAUAUAUAAGGAUAUAAUAAAGGAAGAUAUAUUAGAUAAAAUUGAUGAUGAAAAGUAUAGGAAAAUUAUUUAUUCUUUAUCUUAUCUCCACUGUGUUUUGUGUGAAAGAAAAAAGUUUGGUCCUUUAGGUUGGUGUGUUCCUUAUGAAUUUAGCAUUACUGAUUUAUUUGCUUCUUUUUUAUUUAUUGAAAAACAUUUAUAUUCCACUUUAUUAGUAAAUAGACCAAUUGAUUGGGAGUCUAUUCAUUAUAUGUUAGCAGAAGUUCAAUAUGGAGGAAAAGUAACAGAUGAUUUAGAUCGUGAAUUAUUAUUGACAUACAUUCAAUAUUAUUUUAGUGAAGAUUUGUUUAAGCCUAAAAAUGAAAUAAGUUCUGAAUAUUUGAAUACUCCUAAAUUUUUUGAAAUUACCAAUUUUAAAAAUUUUAUCGAAAAAUUGCCCAAUAUUGAUACUCCUUCCGCUUUAGGUUUACAUAAUAAUGCUGAAAUAACUUAUCGAGUUAAUGAAUCAAGACAGGUUUUAAAUUCAAUUUUAGAAAUUCAACCAAGAGAUGUAGAUCAAGGGGAGGAAAAAAGUAUGGAGACUGUAGUGAAAGAAAUUGUUUCAGGAAUAUUAAAAAUUUUACCAGCAGAAAUAAAUUUAGAAGAAAUAAAAAAAAUAAUAUAUAGAAAAAAUAAAAAUCAGCAACCAAUUAUUCAGGGAAACCAGCAAUUAAAUACAACUAAAAAUUUUUCUACUUUAGAGAACAAUUCAUAUAAAAAUAAAAAUAAGGAUAAUAAUGAUGCAUGUGAUAAUAUUUUACAAAGAAAUGCCUUACCAAAUAAUACAAUUGGUUAUAAUAAUAAUACUGUAAAAAAUAUUCAGGGUGAUAAUAAAAAUAAAAAUGUUUGCAUAGCAAAGGAAAAUGAAUUUUUAAAUGAUAUAGAUAUAACUUAUUGGGAAUGCAAUAAUGAUGAUGACAAACAGGUACAGUAUAAUUUUUCUCCUUUACAAGUAUUUUUUUUACAGGAAAUGGAAAGAAUUAAAAAAGUUAUUGAUUUAGUUAAAAUGAAUUUAAAUGAUAUAAUAAGUGCAAUAGAUGGUUCAAAAAUAAUGACAUCUGAUUUACAAAAUGAUACAAAAUAUAUAUACUCUCAAUGUGUUCCAAAAAAAUGGAUUUAUGAUGCUAGUGAAACGGAAAUAUCUUGGGUAUGCCACAAUUUAAAUCAGUGGUUAAAUAUUCUUAAUUUAAGAUAUGAGCAAAUAAUGAAUUAUAUUCAUAGUGGUAAAUUAAAAUCUUAUUGGCUACCUGGAUUUUUUAAUCCUCAGGGUUUUUUAACUAGUAUGAAACAAGAAAUUACAAGAUUAAACAAAAAAGAUCAGCUCUCUUUAGAUGAAGUAGUAUUAUAUGCUGACAUAAAAAAUUAUGAUUUAGAGAAAGUAAAAGAAUUUCCUGAACAUGGAUUUAAUAUACAUGGUCUUUUUAUUGAGGGAUCUAAAUGGAAUUGGCAAGAAGGAAAAUUGGAAGAAAGUUCACCAAAAGUUUUAUGCGAAAAUAUGCCUGUCAUUCAUAUCACUGUUGUAUCAAAUAAAGAUAAAAAAGUGAAAUUUAUUGAAAAUAAUAAACACAUGUUUUAUAACUGCCCAGUAUAUAAAUAUAAUGUUAGAACUGAUAAAUAUUUUAUUUUUAGAAUACAUUUAAAAACCGACAUUGAUCCUUCUAUUUGGAAAUUAAGAGGAACUUCUUUAUUAUGUUCGAAAGAUUAA